CUGCAAUUACCAAAAGAAAAACCCUCACGGGAAAAAAAAUCUCUUUUUCUUUCUCUCGUUCCUUCGUUUCAAAUCGUCCCUCUCCUUUCUCUCCACAAUCAGGCAAAGACCCUUUUCUCUUAUUCUGUUAUUCCUCAUCCCUUCAUUCUCAUUCUGAUUCUCAGGCAAGAUUCAUUCUUCCCAAUUCCAUACUCACCCUCUUUCGUUCCCUUCGCUUUCCUCUGUUUUGGGUAGUUCCAUCAACGACAAGCUGUCUCCUUUUCUUGGGCAUAUUUGCAGAUUUAAUAUGGGGUUCUCCAAAAAGUCCCAGAUAGAAUCAGGGUUAGAAUCAGAAGCGAAGAAGUGGGUAAUUGCAGGAAUUUCGGUACGGUCUCUGAAGCCCAUAAACACGAAGCCGAGGGGGAAAGAGAACGAGGACGAAGAUGAGGAAGCCUGCUCGACGACCCCGACGGCGAAAGAGUCAAGAAUACAAGAAAAGUUGCCGUGCCCGCCGGCGCCGAGGAAGCCCCGACCUUCACGGCGACACAACUUUAAUGGUGUUAGAGAGUUCUUCACGCCUCCUGACUUGGAAACCGUGUUCAAACGCCGUGCUGAGAAAGCCAUCUGAUUUCAGCUCAUUCAACUAACAAAACAAAGCUAGAUUCAAGUUUGCCGAAGAGGAAAGAGGUCCCGAAGAAGAGGGUUUUGUUCUGUUUUAUGUAUUUUUUUAAUUUUCUGGCUCUGGAUGCAAAUUCCUCUCUGUUCCGAGUGCUACCUGGCAACAAGAACAUGUGUACAAAUGAAGGGAAAAAAUUGAUAUGUAGGAAGCAGUAUAGGGUAGUCUUUGAUUUUCAUUUUUUCUCUCUCCUUUUUCGUUUGAUGAAAGAGUAUGUGGUCUAGUUCUGUUUUUUGUUUAAUGAGAAGUUUUCAACAUUUCUAGUUCAAGCGCAUGUUUAUUU